CAUACUUCCCUGGACACCAUUUGGAACAUACCUCAGCAGCUUGCGCCUCUGUUCCCUCGUUUUCCCCCUUUCUCUUCCUGACGGUUUGCUGCGAGUUUGCAUUGUCUUUGUUUCCUGCUUGCCUGCCCAGUGUUUCUUUCGCUUCAGUCACUGCGGAAUAGCUUAGCUUUCUUGAAGAAGACACCGGCUGGGCCCGGCUUUUCCUGACCAUCAUCAUCAUCAUCAUCAUCAUCAUCAUCGUCACUCGUUAAUAUUUCGCAGCAAUAUGGCGUCCCACUUGAGCUUGUCAAAGCUCCCACGGCUCCUCACGCUUCUCACCCUUUUCUCGGCAGCCUUGCGUUCCUCUGCCCUCCAAGUCACGCCGAACUCGCCCUGCUCGUCAGCCUGUUUGGACUCGCCCACCCUCGACGCCUCGGACCCCAAUUCGUCCAACACGAGAAACUCGGACAUCACCUGCAAAGAUGCCGACUACUCGAGUGCCGCCGGCACCAAGUUCAAGAACUGCAUGACCUGCCUGCAGAACAGCACCUUCUCGCAAGGACAGGAGAGUGAUAUCAUGUGGUUUCUCUAUAACCUGAGGUACACGGCCUCAUACUGCCUCUUUGGCUUCCCCAAUGCCACCAACAUCGGGUCGAACCCGUGCGCCACGAGCAAGGCUUGUGGCAGUCUGCAGGAGGCUUUGGAGGAUGGCAUCCCGGACCCCAGGAACAUGACCGCCUACUCGUACUGCUCCGCGGGCGGCGGUGAAGCCAUGGCCUCGUCCAACUAUGACCUCUGCUUGCCCUGCGUCUCUGCCGAUGGCACAACAACCUAUCUGGCCAACUACUUUGUGGCUCUGGAAGCCGGCUGCCAGCAGCAGCCCGCCCCCGGCGUGCGCCUCGGUUUGAACGACACAGUAUUCUCCAGCACAUUGAUCAGCAUUGUCGACCCGGCUACACUAGGCAAGGAAGGAGGUUCAAAGUCGGGCCUGUCCCCGCCCGCGAUCGUCGGUAUCGUGAUUGGCGCCGUAGCUGUCCUUCUUCUCACCGCUGCAUGCAGCUUCGUCUGCUUUCGCAGGCGGAGAAACAGGCGUGCGCACGCCAGCGCCGAGGCCGACUUCUUCAGCCGCUUCAACCGUCGCCACCAUUCGUCCAUGUCGUUCCAGUGCCAGACGCACAUGGUGUCGCCCCGCUUUUGGCCCGGUGCCGAAGAGGGAGUGUCGACGCCCUUCACGGACGGUCGCGAUGCUCAGCCGUACGGCUCCGCCAUCGCGAAGUCUCAGGACAACCAACACGACAACUCAUCCUACGCCUCCAGAAAGGCCCCCAUGGCCGCCGCCCCGCUGCAGAUCUCAACCACUGUCCCGCUCACCCCGCCGCCGCAAGCCUACACCUCGCCGUCCUACGGCGGCGGUGUGAACCACUCCCCGUCAGACUUCAAAUCCCCCCUCUCAGCCGAAUCAGUGCACAGCUCAUCCGCCCUGCUCCCCUCCAUCCGUCCCUACGUCCCGGCCGAGCACGGCGUGCACGUCCAGGGCAGCCCACCGCCGCCCAGCAGCACCUUUAGCAGCCCCACGUCGGGCACGGGACCCUCGGCCACGGGGAUGACGCCGCUGCUGAAGAGCAGCGGCUGGCCGCUGGCGGAGAAGCAGCAGCAGCAGCAGGAAAAGCCGCCGAAGCGCAUCAUCCGGCUGAGCAACCCGGUCGCUCCGCCCCCGCCGACGCCGUUGAGGACGUCGAGGAGUAGCGGCAUGCUGGCCAAGAAGAGCCCAAAGCUUGUGGGCACGGGGAGUCCGGUCGAGUCGCGGGAGAUUCAGACUGCUUUUGCGGCGCCGCCGAAGCGGUGACAUAGGUUAGUUCUGGGUCCGGUUUUGAACUUGUUUGUUCGGCGUUGAACGCGAGAGAAGGCGGGGAGCCGGAUGUAAUGCAGUAGGCCGCUGGUGUUUCUUUUGUUCCGUAACUGUAUGUGGAUACCAUGACGGAUACCUAGGCGCCAUGGGGAGGAGAUACCAAAGAGUUGAUGUUGAUGUUGAUUGACAAAUGAGACGGCCAUCUCGCACCCCAUUUGCUCGACAGUGGAGGCACGAUGAAGUUGGUCCGGCUGAAAGUCAGACAGACACCCAGC